UGUUUGGUCGCGCAGUACAUUAGCAUAAGCAGUGUGUUCUUGUUGGGGGCAGGCCUGCGCAGGCAAAGAAGGCAUCACGGUCAAAGUCUAUGUGAUCAAAGUUUGACUUACGGAAAGGACGAGGUCAAUCUGUCUUUCGCCUCCAGUUGUGUUGUGUUCAAGGGUUGUCAGUUUGCUUGAGAAAUGGAUUGUAAAUGUGAAACCAGCAACACUGAGGAUGCAGUUACAGGCUGGUGGCUGAGCGGCAGCAAUGCCCAGUGGGGAGCUUUCACCGUGGUGGGGUAUCUUCUCUACAGAUUCUCACAGACCCUUCCUGCACUGAUCCGAUGGCCAAUUCGUCUCUUCUGCUCUUUGACGGGUCUGUCAGCUCUUUGGGGCUGGGUGAGCCGCAUUGUGGGGACCCUCCGAGGAAUCCAGAGCCUGUGUAAAUGGCUGUCUCGAAUUUGGAAGUUUAUCAAAGCGUUUUCCUCCAAAUUCCAUUGGAUGCUUCCUAUCAUCAGAUCCAUCACAGGGUCUAGUGAAGGGAGUUUGGAGAAUGAGAACAUUAGACUGAACCUGUCCAGUCCCUUGAAAGCAGCCCUCAGACUAAUCCUCGUGGGCCCUGCUGGUGGAGGACGCACAUCAGUGGCAAACACUUUGUUGGGCUGCAGUGCAGAACAACCAGAGGAACAUCUCAUGGAGAGCACCAGAAGAAGGGCAAUAGUGGACGGUAGAGAACUUACUGUGGUCGACACCCCGGAUCUACUGGGUGUAUCGUUGGGGAGAAUAACGAGAGCCAAAGAAGCCCUGAGGAGCGUUCAGCUCGUGGGCCCCGGUCCUCACGCCGUUCUGCUGGUGAUGCAGGCGCCACGCUCCAGCAACGAAACCCACCAGGAGACUAUGCAAGUGAUCCAAGCUAUACUGGACCUGUUUGGAGAUGGCAUCCGAGGCCACGUUAUCCCAGUGCUCACCCAUGCUGACCGCCUGGGUCGACGGCACACUUUUGAGCGGCUGCUGGAUACGGAUGUCGGCGGUGUGAAAAGACUGACGUCUCUAUACGGUCAGAGGCCUGAGCUGCUGGACACUAGGCCAGAUCGGUCCCCGGAGGAGCAGAGCGUGACACGCAGGCUGCUGGUGGGGCGGGUCCUAGAACUGAAGGGGCUCGGGGGACAUUUUAUCCAUGAGCUGCAGAGGAGGGAUGAAGGCAUCAGAGAGGAGCUGCUUGCUGACAUGACCUCUGCACUGAGCAGAAAACUGGGACACUAUGAAAUCAUAUAAAAAAAGGAGCCACUGUUACUUUAACUGCCACUGCCAAUUUAGUACCUCUGUAGGUUUUUAUAUAUGGAGAGAUAGAUAUACAAGUACAUAUUUACAUGCAUUCAUAUACAGCAGGAGCAGGCAAACGUUUGUCCUCAGGGACCACAUUUAAUUUUGAAAAUAGACAGAUUGGCCAGGCCAUUUGUAGAUGAGGUUUUUAUUUAAAAAAAAAAAAGUUAAAUUGUGUAUGGUAAAGUCACAUUUUGUACAACAAUUGCAGUAAUGCAUGAUAACAAGAAAAUAAAAAAUUCAGGCAAGGUUGUGGGUAUCCAUGAAUGUGCAGCCUCCUUUUAAGAUCUAACUGUGGAUCUGAUAGGAAGCUGUGAUGUAUGGAGAAGUGACUGUUCAAUCUGACAAUCUUAAGUCAAAACAUGCUCUGAAAGCACUCACCUACCUCUUACAUCGGAGAGCUUCUGCUGUUCUUGUUACAGGUAAAACAAUACAAAUAAAAUACAAUAGCAGACUGAAACAAUGUCAUGAUAUGAAUUAAAUAUAUUUUAAAUUUUCUAAGUCCUGCAGUUUAAAAUGACCUGCAAUCACCUAUUCCCACAAAAUGUUCAGCAUCUACUGAAUUUUUGUUUUCGCGCUCCCUGCAUGAUUUUGUCUCUCGAGCUGGAUGGGGCGACGGAGAGCGAGAAAGAUGUGUCAUGUUGGAGAUUACCUUCCAACAGUUUCACACCACAUUUAGCUACGCAGAGGCCGCGGUGUGCAGUGGGGAAGGAGAGAAGGGUUGGAGUUGGUGUUACUUUACAUGGAAAGACAGCUGAAAUGCCACUUUAAGGUUGCAUAGUCACUUGAUGCAUUUGCCAGGCACAACGUCUGGGAAAGUCCCUUGUGAUGGUCAUUUUAAUUACCAGCAGGAAUUGGAAAACCUCAGCCAAAAAUGUCAGAAACCAAAGCAGAAUGGUCAGCUCAUUUAGUGAAAUUCCUGAAAGUGUGAUCCAUGUAUAACUUAAGGAAAAAUGCAAACGCUUACAUUUCUCAAUCAAGGUUUUUUUUUCUUCUUCUUUUCUUCUUUCUUUUAGGUACAACAGCAUACUGUACGUGUGAAUGCUCGACAAAACGCUUGACUCCACUUUCACACAAUUACUUUCAACUGAAUGCGUGACUUUCAGCAUUCUAUCAAGUUUUUUCAGUAAACGAGGAGCAUGAGUUUUUGUCACUCUCUUGGAGCACAACCGCAUCAAUGAGAUUGUUUGGACUUUCUGAGGACGCCACUGGCGGGCCUCGCAUUUGGUACCUGGACCUUCAAAGGGGACUUCCCUGACUUAAGCCACUCUCAUGGCACAGUUAUACAAUACUACAGCACACUACCGUGCCAUCAUACAGUACAUCAUCUGAAGCAUUUCGGAAUUCAACAUUUAUCUAAUAAUGUGACAAGAACAUAAAAAAUAAAAAUAAAAUACAUAAUACUCCCUAUAGAUUCAGAUUAUAAAAUGUAUUCAUGUGUGCAGACUGCUACAGGUGUGUUUUGCUCGUCAAACUUCACUUGUUCUGACGCAAUUGUGAUUUGUGAGUCAGAUUGCUGGCCCUGUGAAGAUCAUCUCAAAUGUGAGCGGUUAAUGGAACAGUCCCAUUGUUACUAUAGUUCCUGUUCGCACCCCUAAAAUUUGAGAGUGAGUGUAAACAAGGCUGGCUUGAACGAGUGUACGUGGAACAUUUCUUAACUUCUACCACUGAAUAUCAACACACUAUUACCAUUAGCAUUCCUCCUUUUUUGCUGCAAUUAAUCAUAGGUCACUGUUUAUGUUGUUAGGUAGGAAUUUUUUCUAACUAAGAAACAUUUCAGGUGGUCAGCGACACCAUUACUGACCUCUGUUUGAAUUGGAAUCUGUGAAGCUGGCUAUUGUCAUGUACAAUUCCAAUGAAGUUGGGACGUUGUGUUAAACAUGAAUAAAAACAGAAUACAAUGA